GGGAGAGUGGCAGGCGGACUCGCCGCGCGGCUAGGGGCGGGGCGCCGCAGUGCCGUAGUAGCGGGCAGCGGGGACGCACUGCUUUGGGGCCGAGGAUCCGCUGGCAGGCGCAGGACCCCGGCUCUGCCUAGCCCCAGCGCGGCCGCCCCGGCCCCGCGGCGCCCUCCCGGGAGAGGGGGCUGCUUCCCUUCUUGAGAGGGCUACGCCGGCGGGAAGGAGCCCAGACCGCAGCCUCCGUCCCCCUUCGGUCUCUCGGUUCCUCUUUCCUCCCAAGUAAGGGAAUAAGCCCCGAGGAAGGAGCGCCCCGGGGAACCGCGCAACCAAGUGUUGCAUGGUGAGGAGGAGACAGGAUUUCUGACGACAUUGACUACGGAUAGAAGCAUGCUGUUGGAACACUAGCACAGGCCUUCUUGCAUCUGCUGAAAGGGGCCCACCACCACCAGAGACCCGAGGGUCCUCAGAGUCUCCCGAAGGGCCAGUGCAUCACCUUCCUGCAAUGAGCCAGGCCCUGGGCUGGGCCUCAGUUUCACCCUGGUGACCAGAACUCCAUUGCCUGCCUCAAGCACUCACACCCAGCUUAAAGAUGAGUGAAGAACGGUGGGUCUCCCUCACGCCGGAAGAAUUUGACCAACUCCAGAAAUAUUCAGAGUAUUCUUCCAAGAAGAUAAAGGAUGUCUUGGCUGAAUUUAAUGAGGGUGGAAGCCUCAAACAAUAUGACCCACAUGAGCCAAUUAGCUACGAUGUCUUCAAGCUGUUCAUGAGGGCAUACUUGGAGGUGGACCUUCCUCAGCCACUGAGCACGCACCUCUUCCUGGCCUUCAGCCAGAAGCCCAGACAGGAGACCCCUGACCACCCAACAGAGGGGGCCAGCAAUGAGGCCAGUGGCCCAGAUACCAACAUACAGAAUGUGGAUAAUGCUGCCAAAGCAGAUGAGGCCUGUGCCCCUGAUACAGAAUUGAAGAUCACUGAGAAGCAAGAGCCAGCUAAAGACCAAGUGGCUGCAACCCCCUUGGGAAACCCUGUUGCUCCAUCUCCAGGCUCGGAAUCCCCCAUAGUGUACCUGAAGGAUGUUGUGUGUUACCUGUCCCUGCUGGAGACGGGGAGACCUCAGGAUAAGCUGGAAUUCAUGUUUCGUCUCUAUGAUUCGGAUGAGAACGGUCUCCUGGACCAAGCGGAAAUGGAUCGUAUUGUCAACCAGAUGCUUCACAUUGCCCAGUAUCUGGAGUGGGAUCCCACAGAGCUGAGACCUAUACUGAAGGAGAUGUUGCAGGGGAUGGACUAUGACCGGGACGGCUUUGUGUCUCUAGAGGAAUGGGUCCAUGGAGGGAUGACCACCAUCCCACUGCUGGUCCUGCUGGGCAUGGACGACUCUGGCUCCAAGGGGGACGGGAGGCACGCCUGGACCAUGAAGCACUUCAAGAAGCCCACCUACUGCAACUUCUGCCACAUCAUGCUGAUGGGCGUUCGGAAGCAAGGCCUGUGCUGCGUCUACUGCAAGUACACUGUCCAUGAACGCUGUGUCUCCAAAAACAUUCCUGGAUGUGUCAAAACAUACUCAAAAACCAAAAGGGGUGGUGAGGUGAUGCAGCACGCGUGGGUGGAAGGGAACUCUUCCGUCAAGUGUGACCGGUGCCACAAAAGUAUCAAGUGCUACCAGAGCGUCACCGCGCGGCACUGCGUGUGGUGCCGGAUGACGUUUCACCGCAAAUGUGAAUUAUCAACGUUGUGUGAUGGUGGGGAACUCAGAGACCAUAUUUUGCUGCCUACUUCAAUAUGUCCUGUGACGCGGGACAGGCAAGGUGGGAAGUCUGAUGGCAGUGUGUCAGCCAAGACUGAACUUGUGACGCAGUAUAAGAUCAUUCCCACCCCGGGUACCCACCCCCUGCUGGUCUUGGUGAACCCCAAGAGUGGAGGGAGACAAGGAGAAAGAAUUCUUCGGAAAUUCCACUAUCUGCUCAACCCCAAACAAGUUUUCAACCUGGACAAUGGGGGGCCUACCCCAGGGUUGAACUUUUUCCGUGAUACUCCAGACUUUCGUGUUCUGGCCUGCGGAGGAGAUGGGACAGUCGGCUGGAUUUUGGAUUGCAUUGAUAAGGCCAACUUCGCGAAACAUCCACCGGUGGCGGUCCUGCCUCUCGGAACAGGAAAUGACCUGGCCCGCUGUCUCCGCUGGGGAGGAGGUUAUGAAGGGGGCAGCUUGACAAAAAUCCUGAAGGACAUCGAGCAGAGCCCCUUGGUGAUGCUAGACCGUUGGCAUCUGGAAGUCAUCCCCAGAGAGGAGGUGGAGAAUGGGGACCAAGUCCCGUACAACAUCAUGAACAACUAUUUCUCCAUUGGUGUGGAUGCUUCCAUUGCACACAGAUUCCACGUGAUGAGAGAGAAACACCCUGAAAAAUUCAACAGCAGGAUGAAGAACAAGCUGUGGUACUUUGAAUUUGGCACCUCAGAGACCUUUGCUGCCACCUGUAAGAAGCUCCACGACCACAUAGAGUUGGAGUGUGACGGGGUUGGGGUGGACCUGAGCAACAUCUUUCUUGAAGGCAUUGCCAUUCUCAACAUUCCCAGCAUGUACGGGGGCACCAAUCUCUGGGGAGAAACCAAGAAGAACCGGGCUGUGAUCCGGGAAAGCAGAAAAGUUGUCACUGACCCCAAGGAACUGAAAUUCUGCGUGCAAGACCUCAGUGACCAGCUCCUUGAAGUGGUGGGGCUAGAGGGAGCCAUGGAGAUGGGGCAGAUCUACACUGGCCUGAAGAGUGCGGGCAGGAGGCUAGCCCAGUGCUCCUCUGUCACCAUCAGGACAAACAAGCUGCUGCCAAUGCAAGUGGACGGGGAGCCCUGGAUGCAGCCCCCUUGCACGAUUAAAAUUACUCACAAGAAUCAAGCGCCUAUGAUGAUGGGCCCUCCCCAGAAGAGCAGCUUCUUUUCACUGAGGAGGAAGAGCCGUUCAAAAGACUAAACAAUACGCCAAAUGCCAGUUAAACCAAGAGAGAAAACAAGAGACUGUAACACACACACACACACACACACACACGCACACAGGCACACUCAUCUCUAACCAGUGGAAGCAAAGCCACCCAUCAGGAAGAAAUCUUCAUCUUGCCCUACAUUCUCUCUGCUUCAACAAUGGACACACCCCAACAGAUCCAGCACCAACAGAAAAUUCUGAAUGGACUUAGGGCCCACCAGGGUGUGGUUGGCUCAUACGGCAACCUCCACAUUCCCAGAAGGCCAUGAGUGGGACUUUCUGAGACUGAAGGAGAAAUCCCCCCUUUCUUCCCACCAGUCCUGCAAGUUCCCUCAUGGACGCUCGCAAGAAGCAGGCUGCAGGUUUCUUGCCUAUGUUGAGAUCGGAUGCGGCCAAGGAAAAGAGCUCCCAUUCCAGAGAAUUUACACAAAGGUCCCUCUGUACAGGGACAGACGGCCUCCAGCUCUCAGAGCACAACCCUUGGCAGGGCUCGGCAAGCUCACGUUGGUUUCUUAGGCGUCCUUCAAGCGGCAACUUCUCCCUGAACUUGCUGAGGAGGCAGAAAGGCUGUGGAAAGCUGUGUUUCCAUUCUUGGUUCUCCACGCUGUCAGUGGGCACUUGUUAUUUUCCCAAAGCUUUCUCCUGGUGGCUGUGUGUUUGUUUAGAGACGGCUCCAAGAGCCCCCAGAGCUGCCUUCACAGCACACCUUAGAUGUGGUAUUUAUUUUCUUAGUUCUGUGAACACCUGGGAGGGAAAGCAGAGAAACUGGGAUUUAUUUUUCAAAUUGGUGUCAUAAUAUUGUGUAAAAAGGGAAGGAAAAAAAAAAAAAAACCACCCCCAGUUUCUUUCUUUUUCAAGCCAAAACGUGUUUCCUGUUUGAGUUCCAAGCCCUGGUGGCAGACUAUUCCUGAAGGCAGAGAAGAGGAUAAGGAAGGGCCUUUUGCUCAGAAGACCAGGAGACAACCCAUCAGGUGGUUCCCACCUGCCUCUUUGGACCUAUGACUCCCAGAGCCUGGCCUGAGAGCCCUUCUGAUGGUCUUAUGUGUGUACAUAUAUGUAGCAUAUAUAUAUAUAU